CAGCUCUUCCUCAUCCAACGAAUUUUAUCUUUCUCCGUUGUCUGGUUGUUUAUUUCUCUUCAGGGUUCCAAGAUUUGUUUUUCCCAAUUUUCUUUUUUGAUUUUCUCCGAUCUAGCUUCCGAUUAUGGAGAUGGAGCGCGUGACCGAGUUUCCCCUGGCGCACCUUGAUCGCCGACCCAGGAAGAGGGCUCGUCUGGGCUGGGACGUUUCUCAGGUCCCCAAGGUAGCAGCUUUUGUUCUUUCGAUCUUAUGUCGCUUGUUUUUUUGUUUCACUUUUGCAGAUCUGAUCAAUUUUGUUUAGGUUUACUUGUGCGAUAUAUCAGUUAGGGUUGUUUCUAGUUUUUCACCUACUCAUGUUGCAUAAUAUCAGAACUUUGGUUUUAUUUUUAUGCAGAUCUAACAUUUUCGUUGUAUUUGGGUCUUUCUCUCUGUUUAAAUUUUACACCUCUUGGGUUUUCUUUGCUCUUAGCAUGUUUCUUUUUCUUCCUGUAUAACAGAUCUGUACAUAUACAUGUAUGUAUUGGUUUAGGUUAUUGUGAUAUGCGUCUUGUUAUUCUCGUCUUGAGAUUAUCAGGUAGAUUGUGCUUUUUUUGCGGUGGAUAAUUGUAUUUUAGAUUUCAUGCUGAGAAAUCUGAGAAAUUUGACUGUGUAUACCUGGAAAGAAAUCAUGCUUUGUAUUUUCGUUAAUUUGCUGAAAUUAUUAAUCGUAUGAUUUUUCAUCUAUGUUAACCUGUUUUUAGGAUGCCUCACUGUAUAUAUUGUAUUAUCUACUUUUUGCUCUACUGUUAAUAUGAUUUUGUGGUUUUUUGUCAACUGGGAUUUGUUUCUCUUCUUUCCUGAAUGAGUAUUUAUCAAUUAGUGAACGGGAUUCCCAAGGGUAUGAUGGUAUCAGGUUGAAGUUUUCAUUUAAUUUCUUAAAAUGGUACAUGAAUGGGUGGCUAUGUGUAGGCUCAGGUAGGAAUAUUUUGUGGACAAGAGGUUGGCAGUAUAACAAGCUAUGCAUCUUCUGGAGCAACCCCAGACCAUAUUAUCUCUAGUUCACUAUUUGUAAAGGGAGUGGCUCGAAAUGGUUCUCCCCCAUGGCGGGAAGAUGACAAGGAUGGCCAUUACAUGUUUGCAAUUGGAGAAAAUUUAACUUCUCGCUAUAAGAUACACAGCAAGAUGGGUGAAGGCACCUUUGGUCAAGUAUUGGAAUGCUGGGACAGAGAAAGAAAGGAAAUGGUUGCAAUCAAAAUUGUCCGUGGGAUUAAGAAGUAUCGUGAAGCAGCUAUGAUAGAGAUUGAAGUGCUGCAACAGCUUGGUAAACAUGAUAAGGGUGGCAAUCGUUAUGCAUGACUUGCACCUGAUUCAUACUGAUCUGAAGCCCGAGAAUAUUCUGCUUGUUUCUGCUGAUUAUAUUAAAGUUCUUGAUUACAAGGGUUCGUCCCGAGCACCAAAGGAAAGCUCCUACUUGAAAAGAGUCCCAAAAUCGAGUGCUAUUAAGGUGAUUGAUUUUGGUAGCACUACUUAUGAGCGCCAAGAUCAGAACUACAUUGUAUCUACCAGACAUUACCGUGCUCCAGAAGUUAUUCUUGGACUUGGGUGGAGUUAUCCAUGUGAUAUAUGGAGCGUCGGUUGCAUCUUAGUGGAAUUAUGCACUGGAGAGGCAUUAUUCCAAACUCAUGAGAAUUUGGAGCACCUGGCUAUGAUGGAAAGGGUCUUUGGGCCACUGCCUCAGCAUAUGUUGAAGAGAAUCGAUCGACAUGCAGAGAAAUAUAUUAGAAGGGGUAGAUUGGACUGGCCUGAAGGUGCGACUUCAAGGGAAAGUAUUAAAGCUGUUCUGAAGUUGCCUCGUCUUCAGAAUCUAGUAAUGCAGCAUGUUGAUCAUUCGGCUGGAGAUCUGAUACAUCUAUUGCAAGGAUUGCUUAGAUAUGAACCCUCUGAUAGGCUAACAGCUCGUGAAGCCCUAAGGCAUCCCUUUUUCACAGGGGACCAUCUAAGGAGAUGACCAACAGAUGGUUGACAAUCGAUAGAUGUAAAUAAUAAAUAUAUUCUUAUUCCCAGGGAUGUUACGGCUAUGCCUGGGCCUCGCCUUGCCAUCUCGGUAAAAUUUGCACCCAGUGCUCUGUUAAACCUGCACUAACCCAAUGCCAUGUGUAUAAUUAAAAAUUAUCAACGUGGAAUGAAGAAGUUACUUGUGCUUUUUCCCUGGAGAA